UUUAAUUACUAGCUUUAGGUGGUGUACUGGGCAUAAAUAUUAGUAUCUAUUAAAAGCUUAAGUUUACUCGUAAUUUUCAGUUUAUUAAAAGAAGAUCUGUUUUAUUUCAAAGUGAAUGUGGGAGCACCAGGAAUCAGCUGGGGGUGUGUAGCUGCUGAGUGGUGGGUAAAGUUUGUUUUACUUAAUUACUCCAUGUGACAUAGGUAGCUAAUUGUGUGUUCAUGCUUUUAUAUAGUGUUUGCCUUGAUGCUGAAGGUGCUGUGAAGGAGAUUGAGUUCUGGCCUUCACAUUUACUACUAAUUGAAAUUAAAAUAUUAUAGGAUUUCUCCUGAAAUCUAUGAAAGAGGUGAAGCACAAGCCAUCCUGAAGAAUCUCCAGAACACGCAGAAAUUGUUUGAUACAUUUAACAGACAGAGGAAACCAAGUCCCAACAUGGAGAAACAUCAGCACUCUGUCAAGAGUUUCACUAAACAGAGUGAUCUCAAACUGCAUCAGCGCAUUCACACAGGAGAGAAACCGUAUCACUGCUCAGACUGUGGGAAGAGUUUUACUGAAAAGAGUAAUCUCAGAAGACACCAGCGCAUGCACACAGGAGAGAAACCCUAUCACUGCUCAGACUGUGGGAAGAGUUUUACUCAAAAGUUUGAGCUCAAAAAUCACCAGCGCAUUCACACAGGAGAGAAACUGUAUCACUGCUCAGACUGUGGGAAGAGUUUUAAUCAACAGAGUCAUCUCAAAAAUCACCAGCGCAUUCACACAGGAGAGAAACCGUAUCACUGCUCAGACUGUGGGAAGAAUUUUACUGAACAGUGUACUCUCAAAAUACACCAGCGCAUUCACACAGGAGAGAAACCGUAUCACUGCUCAGACUGUGGGAAGAGUUUUUCUACACAGAGUAAUCUCAAAAAACACCAGCGCAUUCACACAGGAGAGAAACCGUAUUACUGCUCAGACUGUGGGAAGAGUUUUACUCAACAGAAUCAUCUCCAAAAACACAAGUGCAUUCACACAGGAGAGAAAACUAUCCCAAAUUUGUUCCACGGCAAUUAAAAGUGCAAAUCCUAAAUCUUUCAGACAGAACACCUUAUCCUACACUAAUGUAUUACUCUAUCACUUGGGACUCGUUUCACCAGAAACAAAUAUGAACUGAAUUUAACAAUCGAUUUUACAGGUUCAGCAAAAUUAUUCUUAUCCAGGGAUGAUGUUUAUUGAAUUUCCUGUUAUGUUUUCUUGAAUGUUCGAUAUUCCAGAACAUUCUUCGUGAGACAGAGCUCAGUUUUUAGGGUAGUUACAGUAAGAGUUCAGUUCUGAAGAAGGGAAUGUCAUUCAAGUUUGAACUACGGCAUUGCCAGAGCUUGCUCCAGACAUUAGAUUAGCAUUAGAUUAACAUAGUCUUUAACAUUUAGAUGUCAUAGUUGUUGGGAGUAGAGUAGGAUUCUUGCAACUAAAUGAUUUUGUUGCUGGAACACCCACUACACCCACUUUACCUAUUUUUGGUGGCCUAAUGUAAUUUAAUAACUUCCCCCACCUGAACACACACAUACCGCAAACCCCAUCCAGGAUGCACUGGAAUUAGAAUAAAAUCCUUUGUAAAUGACAUAUUUUACUUUUUCAUCUCUCCAGUCCUCUCAAGAGACCUAAAUGCUAGUUGGGUAAACCUUGUAAAUAUUUUGACAUUCCUCCAGCAAACAGUAAUUCAGACAACCGUCAAACUUUGGACUUCUACGACCUUAAAUAGUCACCAUCUGUGAUUGUCUCCCAAAUUAGGUGGACCAACAGUGCCAUCACCAGGACGAAGACCGACUGCCAUUAUAAUACUAUAUAAUUCAACUUUCUAAAAUCCACAGAAACGCAAUCCGCAAAGAGUUACUGCAAUUUAAGAGUUUAUGCUUGGUUAUUCCUGCAAAGCAUUGAGAAAAUAAGACUCAUUUAGUUAAAAGAAAUGUUCAAAGCUUUGGAUUCCAUUCCCAGCCUUGUAAGCUGAAAUUCUGUGGUGUAAACUGAUCUCUCUCACACCCGUCAUGAAUUCUGAUCAACAGGCCAGGCGAAGAGAAUUUCUCACAAAGAAGAACAAAUAAGAAUUUACAUUAACUAAAUAAAAAGUUAUUUUACAGAAUAUUUACUAAAUAAUAUGCCACUUCUGGUAUAUGGGUAUAGAUGCUGUCCUGAUAAAAUUUUCAUACACAGUCAAGUCUGAAUCAACAAGGUUUAACUAGCAUUUGAUAAUUUUGCUUUAUUUUGUUAUUAGUGGUUUAACAAUGUUUGU